AUGCGACUCUCAACUCUCCUCCUCCCUCUCCUUCCCCUCGCCCUCGCCAACCCAAACCCCAACCCAGUGGCCGCUCCAGACCCCCAAUCCACAGGCGGCGGCCUCCUCUCCGAACUCCCCACCAUCCUCAACGGCGUCAAAGAGCUUCUAAGCGAGGAUACCCUCAACGACCUGCAAACCAUCGUCAAAGGCGGCGCUGUGCUCCUGGGCGGCGACAACCCGGCCAAUAUCGCCAAGUUGCUCUCGAAUGAUAAUGUCAACAAGCUCCAGGACGUCAUUGAUAAUGCGCAUUCGCUGCUGACGCCGAACUUUGUGAAUGAGACGUCGACGUUGAUUGGGGAUGCGACGCCGCUGGUUUCGGCUGUGGAGAAGUUGCUAGGUGGGUUGUUGGCUUCGUUGACGUGA